AAGACAACUAACUGCCUCUUUAAAUUACGAUAAAACUUUUAUGUUAGACAUGCUUCUGAAACCAAUUGUAAAUUAAUUUAAAGCAUUUAUAAUUAUCAUACGUUAUCAUUAGUUCAUGCGACCUACUUUAUAGGUUUUAUUGGAUUUGAUUUGACUUUACCGCGCAAGUACUAGACCCAAGGACGGACUAGCCAUCUCUUUUUCACAAGUCUGUCUUUGUACGCUCACCGUGGCGUACGUUUCGUCACUGGAAUACGAGGCGGAUCGGAUUGUUUUCUGUCCUCAUUCCGCCAUUAUUAUUUAAAAAUUCAUCAUUGUUGUUUUAUUUUCGUGCUCGGUGUUAUUCAUUCAACGGCAGAAAGUGAUGUUAUCGUGUGCCUGUUUCCCGCUAAAGUGUUGAAGUGUUACGUUUCCUGUUCGAUUAUCAUACCGCUCGGAUAGAAACAAGCAACUGCGAUCAGCUAGCCCACUCUUUAUCACGUGGGUCAAAAUUCAAAUUUUAGAGCUGUCUGAAGUUUUUGUCGUGUAUGAGUACCUAUGACGCUUGGUAUCGAUUUUGCAUUGGCUACCUACACCUAGAAAAACCGGCUUAUCGCAUCUAAACGUUGUGUAUUUCAGGAGCGCGCCGGUCGGGCUGCUCGUUGCGGCCGGGGAACGGUGGAACUGACGGGAAAGAAUGGUCAGAUCGGAUUGUGCAGUGUAAUGAAGUGAUUGUGUUGAAGUGUUAACUGUGGUAACGGGAAAUUCAGGAUUACAUAAGGACGUUAAUUAUGGGCGAGCAUAACGAGAGAUCGUAGCCGGGCGUCGCGGGUCAUGGCCCCGGGUCCCCGGCCACCCGCCGCCAUGGACGUCCCGGAGCCGCCGUGCGCGCCGCCAGAGCCUCCCGACCUGCUCGAGCUCUCAGAUCUGACCCUCUCGCUCUCGCAGUGUGAUCGAGCACUCGCAUCAAGCUCUGAUCUUGCCACGAUGGACGACGACGACGACGAUAUGGGGAUUCAGGAGCAGCCUAAUCUCGCCAAAGACUCCCAAGAAAUGGAACAGAUCCUCAAUGAUCUCAAUAACACUGACCUGGGACAAGCAGACCUUCUCCAAGCUAUCAAAACGUUAGAAACAGGUGAUGUACUUUCAACCGGAGAUGCUGACUCCAUAUUUCCCCUAUCUGGCUUUGAUAUGGCUGAACCGGCAGAUUCAGAGGGUGAUGCACACACAACAGAAGAGAAAAUUAAAGCAACACAGCUUCAGCUGGAGCAAAGAUGUGCAUUUUUACUAAGAAGAAUGAGGAUGUUGCAAGCCAGAACAUUAGGCAAAAGAGUGUCGGAAGAGGUGGCUCAUACAUUUGACAAAGCUAUGAGAGGAGCCCGUAAAGAUGGUGUGGGGAGACCAAUGGGUCUUAAGGCAUUUCUAAAGAAAGUUGAGACAACAGCAGCUUUGCAAGCGAGUGCCUCCUCUCGGUCUACUUCAGUACUUGGUCCUAAAUACUACAGAGCUGGAACCUCUAAAGGUGAUGCAUCAAAAUCAGCAUCAAUUGCGAUUCCUUCAGGGACAUUGGCAGGUCUAGAGGACACGGCAGGGGCGCUGCGAUCUCAUGUGUCGGCUGUAAAGCAUGCGCUGGAUUCUGAUGCCACAGCAUCUUCAUCGGGGGCAGAGAGCAAUGAUGAGGCAGUGAUCUACAACAAUCCCCAUCAACAGCACGUGCCCAUUGAGAAACGUGCGCUGUGGUCGUACCAACGCGCCCGCGCUUCCAUCGCCACGCGCUGGUGCUGGCUCCAGGCCCAGGUCCAGGAGUUAGAAUACAAGAUACGGCAACACACGGAUUUGCACAAACAGGUCCGCGAAGCCAAAGGCCCCGUCCAAUUCGAAGGAGAACCGGCACAGCCGUCCGCCUACGAGGGCCUCUUGCCCGGCGCCACCCUCGCCGACGACGACCCAGCUACCGAGACCUGUGCACGUCAUCGGCCGCUCCGUCGAGACACCUUCAAGAAGAGGAAACUGCUGCAGAUGCAUAACCUGCAUAUAGCCACCAACAAGGCUGCCAAGCCUGCUGAUGUCCAUUGCAGCUGCGAGCACGGGCUGGAGAGCUGCUGCGUUUGCACAGGGCGGGCCUCGCCUACACAACCACCGUCUGAAGGCCUCGCGAGGCUUGACCCUGGCUACCAUCCUGUGCUUAGCAACUUUAAGGAUAUUUCCCUCGGGCUGCACGUGGGCGCUCUAACCUCCGCGCGCUGGUUCCGCGCACGCGCAGCCGGCGCACGGCGCGGCGCGCACCACGCGGCGCCCUCCGCCCCCCUCUCCCCCUCCCCCUCCCCCUCCCACUCCCACUCCCACUCCGCCUCCGCGCGGCUAGAGCGCACGCCGCCCAAGCCGCGCCGCCCUACCAGAUUGAAAAGAGGCAGACCACCUUUAUCAAGAAGAAUGAAAGAAAGAAAACAAUCUGAGGAAAAUGUAACUUCUACUCAUGAAAGAUGGCGCUCGCGCGGCAGCACGGAGGCGCGCGCGCGCGCGGCGUCGUUCGACAUCGACAACAUCGUGAUCCCGCAGUCCGUGGCCGCCGCCACGCGCCCGCAGAUACUCACCUACAAGGAGAUCGUCACGCCUAAGUGGCGAGUUAUGGAGAUGUCGGAUGUGCGGCUCAACAAUGGUGUUUCUAAGAUAAGGCGGUUGUCAUUAGAGAGCGAGGAGGAGGACAUAUCGGAGGCGGCGGUGCGCGCGCGGCACCUGCGCAGCGAGGCGCGCGAGCGCGGCCGCUACCUGGGCGCGCGCCGCGGCCGCCGCUCCGCCCUCGCGCCCGAGCCCGCGCCCGCCCCACCGCCCGCCCCCGCCCCACCGCCGCAGCCCGCGCUAGAGCCCCAGCCGCAGCCCGCGCUAGAGCCCCACGAGACAGUGCGACCGUACUCCCCGCGCCGCUUCCCCCUCCCCGAGCACACGUACUCGGACAUGCUGGCGAGCAUGCCGCACGGCUACCGGCCCGCGUCGCCCUCCUCCCCGCCCUCCCCUCCCUCCGCCGCGGGGGAGGCGGGGGAGGAGUCGACCGGCGACAGCCCGCUGUCCCCGCUGUCGCCGACGCCCUACGAGGGCGACGACCCCGACGACGUCGAGUGGGACCCCAGCCAGGAGAAGGUGGAGAAGAGAAAGACCACGUUCAGGUGAAAACGGCAGUGAACGAUUUUGGUACUGUUAGACGCCACUUAUAACGUGUUCCAGUGUUACUCAUAAGCUGUACAGGUCCAUUCACCAGAGCUGGGAUGAAUGAGUAAAUGAAAAUAAAUAUCUAUGUGUGUAUCACAUCAACCAAUAAAAUGGCGGCUACAUAGAUGGUAGGAUCCUAACAUCCAUCAUCAUGCUAUACGCGGGGGCGCCCGUGUGGGACAGAACAUACGUAACUCGGUGACAACAUACCAAAAAAAAAACAACCUACGCAAUUUGGUCGAGUUAUUUGUUGCCCGCCAUAAACCAUACUGUACACCGAUACAGGUGUCACUCAUACAAAUUCCAUUCGUGCCAGCUUUCGUGAAUCAACCUGUGCCAUUAGGAUAACAAACAUUUUCUAACUCUACGAAAACAGAAAUAUCCAUUCUAAUAGUAAUAGAACUACAAGCUAUAAUUGCGAUCGACUUAGACCUUGGUUUGGUUGGGAGUGGUUAGCUUCCUUGUCGAAUGUCAACGUAAAACCAGAAUCAGACGUAAGUGCAACAUGCAAUGCAGAUACAACAGCAUAGAAAGGCACGAUAACAAUAAUAACAUUGCCUCUGAAUUAAUAAUUUGGAAGGAACUUGCAAUAUUUUCUCACUGGUGGAAGCCUGUCUUAAAUUUAGCAACCUCUCUCAUGUAAAAUAUCUCCGAAACCAGUUUCCUUUCGAUUUAAAGACAUUUUAAAGGAGUUUUAUAGCUAGUAAACUUCAACAGCCGGGUCCACACAUAGCGAGCAUACGCGCGAGGCAAUUUCCUCGCGCACAAAACGGCCAGUGUAGACGUGCCUCCGCCGAGGCGCGCGUGUUGUAUCAACAUUUUUAGACUUGCCUCGCGCGUGCCGCCUCGGCCAAGGCACGUCUACACUGGCCGUUUUGUGCGCGAGGAAAUUGCCUCGCGCGUAUGCUCGCUUUGUGUGGACCCGGCUAACAAAGCACAGACAGACCUAGAAGGCUGGAAUUUGUCCAAAAAUAGUCCAAUGUACACAAUGUAUGAUGUAAAUGAAUAAGUUAAAAUUUUAAUAGAGAAAUACAUAAUAAUAAUAAUACAUUGUACAGUUUGCACAGGGUUGAUGGUUGUCUAUCUUAAUUACUAUAGCGUUCACAUUUUGAUGUGAUGUACGUCUUACAAUUACACCAAAUUAGAAUAAUUCUCAGGACAAUAUAAUGUGUAUAGAGUUCUCUGCAAAUACUGAAUAGUUUACCGUAAUAUUACGGGCCAUUUUAAAAUCUGUUGCGAAUCUAUUAAAAAUACUAGCCUCCCAGUGAAAAAAAAAAAACUUUAUAUUAAGUAUAAAGAAACACAUUUAGUACUAAAAGUUCAGACAUCAAUUCAAAAUAGUAUUAGCAAAAGCUAUAUUAUUUUUGUAAUAAAAAAAAUCUGCAACGAAUUUUAAAAGGGCCCUUAUUCCUCAUUGAGUAAUAAAGAAUUAAUGUUGGUAGUUUCAUAAAACUGUUUGGCUUCAUUUAAAUUGUUUAAAAAUUGUUUUGGCUUGUUCUAAUAUUUUUACAUAAGUUUGGUAAAUCACUAUAGAUAAUUUUAAGAGUUGUUGCUUAGGGUAUCGAUUGUAAGUAUUGUUGUUUUAAAUCCAAACUUAAAAGCUUUAUUCACUGUAAGAUAUAUCGAUAAUUGUAAAAUUGUAUAGAUUUCGUUUGAGUCGAUUUCACAACGGAACCAAUUGUGAGGCCAUUUGGUGCACCCCUCGUCCUCUUACAUUCCUUACCGAGUUAAAAAUACUAUUCAGAUGUAUUUGUUGGGUGCUUUUUAAAAAAACCGUGUUUAACCCUCUGCAACUGUGGUGACUUUUUUAGAGAGACUACUGAUGUGGAGUCUAUCAGACGUCAUUUUCGAUAAUUCAUUAAAAAUAAACUAAUGGUAAAAUGGUAACUAUUGUUUUAGUUAUCGAUCAUUCUAUUAAUAAUUUAAUAAAUUAAAUUGAAAAAUGGGUUUAAAAUAAAAUACAUAAGAAAUAUAUAAUAAACUUUAAUGAGAUCACAGUUUCUUACAAUUUGUACUUAGGCUCACAAAAAAAUUAUAAAAAAACUAAACAAUCAACAACUUUUAGUAAAUUCAAUAAUUUUCCUACUUUUUAACAUUGCAUUUAUACCUGAAAGAAAAAUUGAGAAAAUCUGAAGACAGUAUAAGGCAAUAAUCAGUCCUGAAGUUGGCACUUAUUUUAAAGGGUUACCCUCGAUCAGCCAUCUAAAAUAUAAUUAUUUAUGUGGUUAGGUAUCUCAGACACUAUAGAAACAUUAAUGUUUUUGUGAGGUGACGUCUGACCGAUACUAUAGUACAAUUAAUAUUUUUAUGUGGUGACGUCUGAUAGACACUAUUCACACUAUGGACAAGUACAUAAUUUUAUGAGGUGAGGUAUGUCAGACCCAGGACUUAUUGCUGUACUCACGUCUGUGGGACACCCACAGCUCAUAUCUCCCGGUGUGUACACCGCGUCGCCACUCGGGCAUCACUGUCCGAUGCCGCGAGUCGUUUUAGGAAGGUAAUGAGCGAGACAGGGCUAUAUCGCGCCGUACGCCGACAUACCAACAAAAAGUAUUUGGCGGUGUCUGACAGACCGCACAUCAGCCGCAGAGGGUUAAGAAAAUUUUGUUCUUGAUAAUACACAGUUGUGGUCUAACGGCCGUAUAUGCCCUUUUUUAAAUAGCUGUAAAUAGUUGAAGGGCAUAACUGUAACCUGCUGCGUUUUCUUAAGACUUAUCAGAACGCAGGGACUGUCAGGACUACUGUGGUGUGUUUCUGUAUUAGAUGUUACCAUAGACAAUUGAAUUAAUAGACUUGCGCAUUCUAAAUAAAAUUCGUCGAGCUAGAAUAGUAGUUUCACUAGUAAGCACUGAUAUUUGGAAGUGACUGUAUUGUCAGUCAUUUUUGUUGGAUUUCGCAAGUUCUAUUUCUAUUUCAAUUGUCUUUGAUGUUACGGAACUUGGGUUCCAUAGUUAAGCUAGUGUUAGCCUGCCCGUUUGCCGCUAAGCGAUAUGUAAAUAUUACGAUAUAAACAGGGCACUGAAUAGUAACUAAUAGACUGGCUACAAAUUAAUUAUUUGAAUCUCUAAAAGAGAGUACUUUCUGUAUCAAAAUUCCUUAACAUACAAGAAAAUGUGAUAACAUUGGAGAUUGCAUGGUGUGUGUUGUUGAUUCUGCGUGACCCAGGUGGAUAUAGAAGGAGUAUUGUUUUUUAUUGUAUUCUCUAAAUUGCUCAUAUACCUAGUUAUUAACUUAUUAUCUUGUAACAUGUACCUGUUCAUUGUGCAAGCUACAAUUUUACAAGUAUGAAACGCGGCAAUAGUAGUCAAUGUGUGUAUAUCUCAUAAUUACUGCCGAUUUUGACCUGUAGAAUUUUAAGUUUGAGCUUUCUAAAUAGGCCAGGAAAUGAAUGCUCAAAAAAAGUUAUAGAGGGAAAUGCUUGGAACACAAUUUUUGACUUCGCAGCUUUGUUUGGACUAGUUAGUAGGUGAAAAUAUCAAAAGUCCCCGGCUUAGCUUGAUAUCAUCUUACACUCCCCAUUAGGGGUGUGAGGAGGCCAUUUCUGGGCUUAGCCCAAUUUGACUGCAUCUAUCGCGGACUGUAGCCCCCGGCCGUAGCUACGUAGUCAUAAAUUGUGUUCCCGGCAUUUCCCUCUAUACCUUCUUAUUGCUUAGCCUAAAACCCCCACUAUGAGUAAUAUUAGUACAUGUUACCAUAGAGUAACUUAUACUAGAGCGGUACUGUCAUAGUAAAUUUUGUAAUCCCAGUAAAUUCACUGCCAUCUGUUGACACACUUUAAAACUAAAAAUGAAGAUUUAUAAAAAUACGAUAAAAUGUAUUUAAAUAUGGAUAAAUAAUAUAUUUUUUAUUUGCAUUAGUUAUUUUUAUGAUUUUGACCCAUGUUCUUUCACUGAUAUGCGUUAAAAUUGUUAAAUAACAAACGAAACCGUCAACGCCGUCUAUACGACAGAAGGCCAAAGCUAGUAGCGCCCUCUGAUCGAGAAUCAAAUUUUCUUGAUUUUCGAGGCACGUUUUUUCCUUAGACUGUAUCCACCUAUUACAGUUAUAUCUAUCUUUGAUGUUACGGUCGUUGAAAAUCAAACAGUCCUUCUAUUCCAUCUCAGUGUAAAAUAGUAAAAAAAUGCAUUUGCUUGUGUCAUAACUUUUAAAUUGGAAUGUUAGUAAAUUAAUGAAUUGUAGGCCGAGUCCGGACAUUCAAAUUGGUUAUACAACUAUUAUGUAUACAAGAUGUAUUGGUUAUUUUGAUUUGCAUUGUGUUUAUAUUGAUCCGGACUGGGUAUCGAGUGAUUGGAUGUUCGGUUGCAAUGGAAGCCAAAGCCUUCUUGUUAGUAGUUAAGUGUAGGUUUAAGGGACGUCUCCAUUCGAGACGAGAUGCGCUUGAGAAAUACAAAAUGUCUUGUAUAGUAUGAAAAAUAAAUGUUAAAUAUUCACGAGUCA